AUUUCCUUAUUAAAAACCCUAGAAUAAUUGAAUACCCAACGCAACGGUCACUUGAGUACUACUUGGUGUGCUGUCUAAAACAAUAUUUGAAAUAAUUAGUAUUUUAUUUAAGUAAAAAAGAUGGAAAGUGUGUCACUUUCAAAUGAAAGUACGUAAAGAUUCCAAAAAUACAUCAUAAUAUUACCAAAAUCACAAUUGAAUUAAACCAGCGUCCUCUCCUUUUAAUAGAAAAUGAAGAUGAUUUUCUACUCUAAUAUUUCCCUUCCCAGUAUUAUUGAAUUAUAUAUUAUUCUUUAAUACUCGACAACCCCCAUUUUUUAUUUAUUUAUUUUUAUUUAAUAAUCAAAUACGAUCGGUUCGGUUUCGAUCCUCCUCAUCGUCUUCUUCUCAAACAGUGAUCUCGAUUCUCGUCAGAAGAAUCUGAAUCGAUACAAACAAACGACCGCUUAAUUCUGUGUGAGGCGUAGUUUUUAAGCAUUUUGCCGUCAAGCGCUCAAAUUUGGGAGAUUCUGUCAGAAGAAGUGAGAUUUUUUUAUUUUAUUUUUUUGAUUCUGUGAUGUGAAAGCCUGAGAUUUGAGGUGAGUUACCGAGUUUCUUGUGAAUUUUACUUCCGUUUAUUGAGUUCAUUAUUUUUUUUUCCUGGAAUUUGUGAAUUGUGUGUAGAUCUGUAGUGAGGAGCUGCUUGGGUAAUGGUGAGAGAAAUUCUAUCGCUGUAGUUGGUUAUUGAGUUGCCAGUGAAACAUGCCUUCAUGGUGGGGGAAGUCAUCGUCAAAAGAAGCAAAAAAGAAAGCAGCUCAAGAAAGUUCUAUCGACGCAUUACAAAAGAAGUGCAAGAAUCCUGAAAGUAAAUCCUCCAUUAAAUCAGGAGUAUCUAACAGACAAUCAAGAGACAAAGUUUCGGAGAGAAUUUCUCAGUCACGAGCCGAAUCAAGGUCUUCGUCUCCUUCCAAACAUGUAGCACGAUGUCAAAGUUUCGUUGAAAGGCCAGUAUGCCAACCACUUCCCCUGCCUUGCCAGCAUCCUAAAAAUAUCAGACGUACAAAUUCUGUAAUAAGCGAAUCAGCUAAGCCGAAACUACAAAGGGUCUCCAAACCUUCACUGUUUCCGCUAAUCCUAAGGCCUGCAUGCAUACGCCGCAGGAUGGACCCCACUGACUUCGAUGGUGAGUUGGCUGUUGCUUCUAUUUCUAGUAUAUGUUCCGUUGAGAGUGACGAUCAAGGUGAUUCACAUCAACACAGUCCUCUGGCGAAUGAUUACGAUAUUGUGAGUAGAAUCGCUGCUGGCAGUCCUUCAAGCCAUUCACGUAAGGAUCUGUUCACUGUUGCACCUGUGGCUUCAAAGGAGUCACCAGUUUUGGUGGUCUCCUCUUCAAUCCCUAGAAGACGUCAUUUGAAUAGGCAAGUGCCAAAUAUACAGGUUCCUCGGCGUGAUGCCAUUUUCAGUGCUCCAGAUAGCUCAAUUUCUAGUCCCUCCAGAAGUCCUAUAAGUCCAUUUCUUGGAUCUGGUCAAUGCUCCAGUCCUUGCUCAGGUCAGACAUCUGGGCAUAAUUCAAUGGGAGGAGAUAUGGCGGGGCAAUUAUUUUGGCAUUCUACCAGAGUUAGUCCAGAAUAUUCACCAAAUCCCAGCCCUAGAUUGAGAAGUCCUGGCCCUAGUUCCCGAAUUCAUAGUGGUGCUGUAACACCACUUCAUCCUAGAGAUGGAGGGGGGCAUUCUGAACCACAGAGUAAUUGGCCUGAUGAUGUUAAACAACAAAGUCAUCGUCUGCCCCUUCCUCCCAUAAAAGUUUCCAAUUCGUCGCCCUUCUCUCGUACGAAUUCAGCUGCGACAUCACCUUCUGUGCAAAGGAGUUUUGGAAGAGCAGAUAAUCUUGCAAACCCUUCUGUCUCACGUUGGAAAAAAGGAAAGAUGCUUUGUCGAGGCACGUUUGGAGACGUUUUCGUUGGUUUUAAUAGAGAAACCGGCGAAAUGUGUGCCAUGAAGGAGGUCACACUAUUUGCUGAUGAUGCAAAGUCGAAGGAAAGUGCAAAGCAGUUGGGACAAGAGAUUGCGCUGUUAAGUCGUUUAAAGCAUCCUAACAUUGUGCAGUAUUAUGGAUCUGAAACGAUGGACGAUAAGUUGUAUAUCUACCUGGAAUAUGUAUCUGCUGGUUCCAUCCAUAAGAUUCUACAGGAGUAUGGAGCACUAGGAGAAUCAGCUAUCCGUAGUUACACUCAACAAAUUUUAUCAGGGCUUGCUUAUUUGCAUGCCAAAAAUACUGUUCACAGGGAUAUUAAAGGGGCCAAUAUACUCGUGGACCCAAGUGGACGUGUUAAGCUGGCAGACUUUGGCAUGGCAAAGCAUAUUACAGGGAAAUCAUCUUCAAUUUCAUUAAAAGGUAGCCCUUAUUGGAUGGCACCUGAGGUUAUAAGGAAUUCAAAUGGAUGUAGCCUAGCUGUUGAUAUAUGGAGUCUUGGUUGCACUGUUUUAGAAAUGGCUACAUCAAAACCUCCUUGGAGCCAGUAUGAAGGGGUAGCAGCUAUGUUCAAGAUUGGAAAUAGUAAAGAACUUCCGGCAAUACCCGAUCAUCUUUCAGAUGAAGGGAAAGAAUUUGUGAGGUUAUGCUUGCAGCGGAAUCCCUUACACCGUCCUACCGCCGCGCAGCUUUUGGAGCACUCUUUUGUGAAAAUUGCUGCCCCUCUCGAAAAACAAGCGUCAAAACCAUCUUCCUCAGAUCAUCCUGCAUUAACCAAUGCUGUAAAAUACAUGGACACCGGCAAUGGAAGAAGUCAUCAGCAUUUGGAUACGAAGAGACUCGAUAUCCCCUCACCUGGAGUAUCAAAAAAUAAUUUUCAUUUCAGUGAUAUUUAUAUCCAUAGGAACAUGUCAUCGCCUGUAUCUCCGAUUGGGAGCCCUAGUGUACAUGGUGGAAGGAUGUCCCCUUCACCGAUUUGCAGCCCCCGUAUCAAGUCUGGUGCAUCCACACCUUCAUCUUCUCGUAAUUUGCCAACGCAGCCUCACCACAAGCGUCCGGUCCAGCAGCAGCAGCCAGGAUCACAUGCUUUUCGUGGACAACAACUUUACGAUGGACCCUCGGUCUUGGCUGAUACCGCCUCCUCUCAACAACAACUCACUAGGGAUCCUACGAAACGGAAUCCAUCUCACGACCUGUCUCCUACUUCCCCGUUGACUUAUCAUCGCAUGAUUUGACUUUCAACUAUGUUGUUAUCUAUAGCUUCAAUUGUACAUACAAUGUAUAUCUCCAUUUUUUGCAUAGGAGGGUAGAAGAACAAAAAUUAUUUAGUCAACGGCCAUGUAUGUUAAUUUUGAGGGACUAUUUGAGAAGAAUCCCAGGGACAGAAAUGUUGAGGGCUUUAACUCAAAUAAAACAAGGGAAAAUUACAGCUUUCACCCCUCAA